AUGUUAUUCGUUCUCCCCCGUCUCUCUCGUCAAGUUCAUUAUACUGGAACGUUGCUCGACGGGACUCAGUUUGAUUCAAGUCGUGAUAGGGAAACGCCAUUUAAGUUCACUCUCGGUCAAGGGAUGGGAUCUGGGUAUCAAGAUGAUGAAGUGGAGUUUAAAGUAGAAGAUGGCCAUUUCUGCCCGGCUCUGGCGAAGGCUGUAAAAACAAUGAAGAAAGGGGAAAAAUUCAUCCAUACAGUUAAACCAGAAUGUAAGUUUACUGAAAAGCUUUGCACCAAGGUGUUGGAACUGUUGGAACUUGAGAGUACAAAUGUUUCCUUUGCAAGUCUUUGGUCAUCGUGAUGUUAUUUUGAUUAGGGAUGAGAUGCAAAUGAUCUAAAGCAGAGUUUUAUCUUAUUUAUAGAUUCAUGGCAGAUCAGGAUGACCAGAGAGCCAUUUGCCAAGACAUAUUUUUGUUGUUUUUGCUGCUGUUGAUUGUUGUUAUUGCUGUUUUGUGUUGUUGCUGUUUUUGUUUUGAGUUGUUGCUGUUUUGUGAUUAUUUUUGUAGUUUGUUUUUUUGAGACUAUUUCUGUAGUUUGCUGUUUUUGUUUUGAUCUGUUUUGUUCUUUUGUACCUUAUUAUUUUUGUCAUAUUUACUUGCUAAAUUCCAUUUGUUGCUGUUUUGUUGUUUU